GGCUGCGGCGCGGUGAUGGCGAGCGGCGGCGGCGGCACCCACACCGGCGCAGGUGGGACCUCGGGGCUAGGCCUGGGCCUGGGGCUGAGCCUCAGCAUGGGGGAGGCCGGCGACGCGGAGGAGGAGGCGGCGGCGGCCGAGGCGGUGGGACGCCUGGCCACGUCGCUGUGGCUGCGGCUCCGCGGCUGGGAGGCGGUGCUGGCGGCCGCGCAGCGACUGCUGGUGUAGAAGCCGCUGCACAGCCUGGUCACGGCGGCCGCACUCAACGGCCUCUUCUGGUUGCUGUCUUCGUCGUCCCUCCGACCCUUCUUCGUGCUCAGCAUCUCACUUCUGACCUAUUUUCUGCUGGAUCUCUGGCAUCCCCGCUUUCUCCCCGACGCUUCAGCAUCGCCCCCUGAGGAACCACACUCUGACAGUGAGGGUGCGGGGUCAGGCGCCCAGCCGCACCUGCUGAGUGUGCCCGAGUUGUGCAGAUACCUGGCUGAGAGCUGGCUCACCUUCCAGAUUCACCUGCAAGAGCUGUUGCAGUACAAGAGGCAGAAUCCAGCUCAGUUCUGUGCUCGAGUCUGUUCUGGCUGUGCUGUGCUAGCUGUGUUGGGACACUAUGUUCCAGGGAUUAUGAUUUCCUACAUUGUCUUGUUGAGUAUCCUGCUGUGGCCCCUGGUGGUUUAUCAUGAGCUGAUCCAGAGGAUGUACACUCGCCUGGAGCCCUUGCUCAUGCAGUUGGACUACAGCAUGAAAGCAGAAGCUGAUGCCCUGCACCACAAACACGACAAGAGGAAGCGGCAAGGGAAGAAUGCACCCCCAGCAGGUGAUGAGCCCCUGGCUGAAACAGAGAGUGAGAGCGAGGCAGAGUUGGCUGGCUUCUCUCCAGUGGUGGAUGUGAAGAAAACAGCACUGGCCUUGGCUAUUACAGACUCGGAGCUGUCAGAUGAGGAGGCUUCUAUUUUAGAGAGCGGCGGCUUCUCUGUAUCUCGGGCCACCACCCCACAACUGACAGACGUUUCUGAGGAUUUGGACCAGCAGAGCCUCCCAAGUGAGCCAGAAGAGGCUCUGAGCCGAGAACUGGGGGAGGGGGAAGAGGCAGAGCUGGCCCCUCCUGAAGACCUGCUCACUGCCUCUCCAGCCCUCACAAAGCAAGCCCUGGAUACAGAGGAAGAGGCUGUCGUCAAGGAAGCCUUGCUUCGGCUCUCCUCCCCGCUUCACUUUGUGAAUACGCACUUCAAUGGAGCAGGGUCCCCCCAGGAUGAAGUGAAAUGCUCUCCUGGAGGACCAGUGGAGACCCUGAGCCCAGAGGCUCCACCCAGCACCCUCUCACCCCCACUUUGCCUGGCUGAAAGUGGUCCAGUUACCCUCCUCUCCCCCUCUGUGCUCCCGCCCCUUCCCCAGGACUCACCUCAAGCCCUGGCUGCCCCUGAGGAGGAAGAGGUACUCACCACUGAGGACUUUGAGUUGCUGGAUCAGGGGGAGCUGGAGCAACUGAAUGCAGAGCUGGGCUUGGGACCAGAGAUGCCCCCAAAGCCCCCUGAUGUACUGCCUCCUCCCUCUCCUCCUCCCCCUCCCCCUCCUCCUCCCCUGGGGCCAGACAGUCCGUCUCUGGUCCAGUCAGACCAAGAGGCUCAUGCCGUGGUUGAGCCAUGAGCCGUGGCAGAGUGAGUGCAGGCACAGAGGCUUCCUGACUAGGGCUGCCACAGCUCCUCCUUCCCUCCUCCUCUGGGGAGAGGCACUGUGUGGAGA